AUGCGCACGCACGCGCCCGCUCGCAGGCUGUCGGCGGCGGACACCGCCUGCGACCAGCUGGGGGACGAGGCCCUCGUUGCCGCCGCUCCCUGGUUCCACUCAGACCAUUUGGUGGGCCCCGGCCCCCUGCCAGGGGCGCCAUCGGAAGCGGCGCCCGGCGGGGGCGGCGGCCGGGAUGACGGCGUGUGCGACUGGUGCGGCGGCGCUUGCGUCGGCGGUUAUGAGGUGGGGCGCGGCGGCCGUGGCGGCGGCGGCGGCGGCGGCGGCGGCGGCGGCGAGGGGGAAGGGGACGUGCCGCGCGGCUGCGCGGCCUGCGGGUGCGCGAGGUACUGCGGCGCCGCGUGCACGCGCGCGGCGGCGCCGCUGCACGCGCGCAACUGCUGGCGCCUGAAGCUGCUGUCUGCCAAGGGCGUGGCGGCGCGGUGGGUGCCCGACCCGGAGCGGCCGGCGUUUGACUAUGGUGAUGACUUGAUCUGA